CGACAAUAACCAAAUAAUCGGAUCGAAAUUCGUCAUCUGGACAGGUUGUCGGUCUAGAUUUGAAGUAACCUUAAGCCAGACGAGUCUGAGCUUUUUCUUUUUUGUCGCAAAUACAAAUAAAGGGGUAAAUCCCAGUUGUGCGGGCGUGCCUUGGGCUAGAAGAAACGACUCCGUUGUCGGAUCAAUCAAAGCUGUGACUUGUGACUCUGCACGCUGUCUGUCGGGCCCAGACCGACUUUACCUCCCAACGCUAACAUCACUUUGGGAUCUUGCACGGCAGUAGGGACGCUGGGAGUCUUUACUUUAUUGUGUACUGCACGUUGAUACAAUUACAAAAUGUGUCGCUUUCUAGUAUACAAAGGACGACAUGAGAUUCGUCUCAGCAAGCUGGUCACCGAACCCAGUCACUCCAUCUUGACCCAGUCGUACGAUUCGCGUCUCAGACUGGACACCCGUCGCCCGGUGAAUGGCGACGGCUUCGGAGUGGGGUUCUACACGGACCCGAAACUCGGGCCGGACCCGUGCAUCUUCACCUCGACGCUGCCCGCCUGGAACUGCGAGAACCUGGAGCGGCUGGCGUCGAAGACCUGCUCGAACCUCAUCUUCGCGCACGUGCGGGCCACGACGGAGGGGACGCUCUCCGACACGAACUGCCACCCGUUCCAGCACCGGACGCUGAUGUGGAUGCACAACGGCAACGUGGGCGGGUGGCAGUACAUCAAGCGGGCGCUGGCCGACUCGCUGGCCGACAAGUGGUACCUGGGGGUGAAGGGCGGGACGGACAGCGAGUGGGCGUUCGCGCUGUUUCUCGACCUUCUGGCCAAGGAGGGCGUCGACCCCAGCGCCGACCCGGGCCCGGAGGGGUUCGGCCCCGCGCUGCUGCGCCGCGUGAUGGUCAAGACGAUCGCGCAGAUCAACGCCUUCAUCAAGGAUAUCCCGCGGCGGCAUGGCGGCGCCGUCGGGGCGGUGGAGACGCGCAGUCUGCUGAACUUCGCCGUCACCGAUGGCCACACCGUCAUCUGUACGCGGUACAUCAGCAGUAAGACGGAUGAGCCGGCCAGUCUGUAUUUCUCGUCCGGCACCAAGUGGACCGAGGGGAAGGGCCAGGGCCAUUUUAAGAUGGAGCGCCAUGAUAAGGGCGCCGAUAUUGUGCUCGUCGCCAGUGAGCCGAUUACUUUUGAGAGGCAUAACUGGGUCUCCGUGCCCGCCAACUCCAUCGUCACCAUCCACAAGCAGACCGUCAUGCUGCACCCCAUCAUGGACGAGUUCUACGUCGAGGACUCCAACCAGGAUCGCUCCUCCUGCUUUGCCGUCUCCAAGGGCCUGGUGAGCACCGCGCCGGGCACCACUGUGCAACCACAGAACGACGCCAAGGCGCCGGCCUUCGAUAUGACGCCUGCGAACCAGUGCGCCGUGUCGCAUUGAAACGGCAGGGUUUGGGUUUUGCGGGUGGACUUUCGACUUUUACCGAGGAGGUUGAGCCGGGGGUAAGACGUGCGAGAGAGUGGGAGUCAUUUUUGGGGUGUCGGAGUUGGUGAAUUGGUAUUUCUUUGGGGAUUGAUUUCUUUUUUUUUUCGGGGAUCCUAAUCAAUCAGAUUAGAUGAAUUGUAGACCCAUCUUAUAUAUCUGCAAUGAUGACACUGUCUAUUAAUGAGGCU